AUGGCAGAACCCAUCUACCCUGAACUCGGGAACAAGCCCUGGAACGAACUUUCCUACAACCUUCUGUUAGAGCUCCGACAGACCGCCACCGCAUUCGCGGGCCCUCCCGAGGACCCCACCUACUACCUCGAAUUCGACACCUUGAUGUCAGCCCUCUCCCUGCGGCGCUACGGCAAGCCGCCUAGUACCUCUGACUGCUCAAUACCGGAAGACGUAGUAACGCGCAUCAAGAACCAAGACAGCCGGCGCAGACACCUUUCUGACGUUAUGAUAAACAGUGAGCAUGAAAAUGCUGACCUCCCGCAUCCGUUCGAUCUUGAGAGGUGCAGGAUGGCGUUGUCGCGCCCAUGGCCGCAUAUUGAGGCGACCUCGCAGAUGGACAUGUGGUGGCGGCUGGAGGUUAUGUCGUGGUACGAGGACUGGUGUGUAAUGUCGAGUUUACCGAAGAACAAAUCGGUGGUUAGGAAGGAGGCGAGGAUGCUCAGAGCUUCGAAUAUACCAAGAACGAUGGAGAAGGUUUUGAUUAUGCUUAGAACUGCCUAUAGGGAGUUCCGGGAGCAGCGAAAGCAGGGGAAGAAGCAGCAAGAGUGGGAGAGGGAAGAACAGGCGAGAGAGUUUGAGGCGCACAAAAGGAUUUGUGGAUUUCCUACAUGUGAAAGGUGCCGUGGUUGGCGGAGGAAGAUGUACUUUGCACAUAAAAAGGUUUGUAAGGAGUGUUCGCGUGGGGGAAGCUGUGGGGAGUGGAUUAGUGCCAGAGCAUGA